GGGCCCCCUACUGACCCCGGGCCCUCGGGCAGUGCCCGAGUUUCCAAAUGGUCAGUCCGCCCCUGGUGCCAGUGCCCAUCAGUGCCACAUCAAUGCCACAUAUCAGUGCAUCAGUGCACAUCAAUGCCACAUAUCAGUGCAUACCAGUGCACAUCAAUGCCACAUAUCAGUGGCCAUCUGAGCUGCCUUUCAAUGUCACCCAUCAGUGCCAGUCAGUGCCACCUAUCAAUUCCAAUCAGUGCCACCUAUCAGUGCUGCCAAUCAGUGCCACCUAUCAGCGACAAUCAGUGUCGCCUAUCAGUGUGCAUCAGUGCCAGUCAGUGCCGCCUAUCAGUGCCAGUCAGUGCUGCCGAUCAGUGCCGCCUAUCAGUGCCAGUCAGUGCCGCCUAUCAGUGCCAGUCAGUGCUGCCUAUCAGUGCCGCCUAUCAGUGCCAGUCAGUGCUGCCUAUCAGUGCCGCCUAUCAGUGCCAUAAAUCAGUGUCAUGUAUCAGUGCUUCUUUUCAGUGCCCAUCAGUGAUGCCUGUCAAUGCCCAUCAGUGCAGCCUACCAGUGCCUCCUCAUCAAUGCCCAUCAGUGCCACCUAUCAGUGUCCAUCAGUGCAGCCUAUCAGUGCCCAUCACUGCAGCCUCAUUAGCGCACAUCAGUGAAGGAGAAAAAUCACUUAUUUACAAAAUUGUAUAACAAAAACUAAGAAAAACCUUUUUUUUUCAAAAUUUUCUGUGGUUUUUGGUUUGUUUAAAAAAAAAAAA